CGGCUGGUGGCGCCGGCGUACGUGCGGCAGGGCUGUGAGGCUCGCCGCUCGCACGAGCACCUCAUCCGGCUGCUGCUGGAGAAGGGCAAGUGUCCAGAGGAUGGUUGGGACGAAAGUACACUUGAGCUCUUUUUACAUGAACUCGCCAUCAUGGAUAGCAAUAACUUCUUGGGCAAUUGUGGUGUGGGAGAAAGAGAAGGCAGAGUGGCCUCUUCCUUAGUUGCCCGUCGUCAUUACAGGUUCAUCCAUGGAAUUGGACGGUCGGGGGAUAUUUCUGCCGUGCAACCAAAGGCUGCGGGCUCCAGCCUUCUGAAUAAAAUUACCAAUUCUUUGGUCCUGGACAUCCUAAAGCUGGCUGGUGUCCGUACGGUGGCCAACUGCUUCGUGGUUCCUAUGGCGACUGGCAUGAGUCUAACCCUGUGUUUCUUAACGUUACGCCACAAGAGGCCAAAGGCAAAGUAUAUCAUAUGGCCACGAAUAGACCAGAAGUCCUGCUUUAAGUCCAUGGUCACUGCAGGUUUUGAGCCGGUGGUGAUAGAGAACGUUUUGGAAGGUGAUGAGCUGCGCACAGACCUGGACGCGGUGGAGGCGAAGAUCCAGGAGCUGGGGCCGGACUGCGUCCUGUGUGUGCAUUCGACGACGUCCUGCUUUGCUCCAAGGGUCCCCGAUAGAUUAGAAGAACUGGCGGUGAUCUGUGCUAAUUAUGGCAUCCCACAUGUAGUCAACAAUGCUUAUGGAGUGCAGUCUUCAAAGUGCAUGCACCUCAUUCAGCAGGGAGCGCGGGUUGGUAGAAUUGACGCUUUCGUUCAGAGCUUGGACAAAAAUUUCAUGGUUCCAGUAGGUGGCGCUAUCAUUGCUGGCUUUAAUGAUUCCUUCAUUCAGGAAAUCAGCAAGAUGUAUCCAGGAAGGGCUUCCGCCUCACCUUCUUUAGAUGUCCUCAUUACCUUAUUAUCGCUUGGCUCCAACGGCUAUAUGAAGCUGUUAAAGGAAAGGAAGGAAAUGUUUUCCUAUUUGUCCAGCCAACUGAAGACGUUGUCAGAGGCCUACAAUGAACGACUGUUGCAUACACCUCAUAACCCUAUAUCUUUAGCGGUGACACUGAAGACGUUAGGUGAACACCAGGACAAAGCUGUCACUCAGCUCGGCUCGAUGCUUUUCACCAGACAGGUUUCUGGAGCCAGGGUGGUCCCUCGUGGAUCUGUGCAAACCGUGAGCGGUCACACUUUCCGAGGCUUCAUGUCCCACACGGAUAGCUACCCCUGCGCUUACCUCAACGCCGCGUCAGCCAUCGGCAUGACGACGCAGGACGUGGACUUGUUCGUGAGGAGACUUGACAGGUGUUUGAAGGCAGUGAGAAAAGAACAAGACGAAGAGGCUGUCGUAUCUGGAGCCGACGACGAUGACAAAACCGAAGACGGGGACGGUGAAGAGCAGGCUUUAAGAGUAGAUGGAUGCUCUUCUUGACACAUGCCAGGGUCCUUCAUCCCGACUCGUGAAGGAUUUCUUAUUGAAAAUCUCAAAGAAAUGAAGUUACAGCAUACGCAAGCAGUUUCAGUACAAGACGUGAGACUUUCGAGUUGAGACUCUCACCCCGGGAGGGAGUGGACUGCGGUCCAGGCUGGCUGGCGGUGGUGAUGGCACUGUGCGUUGGUGGGGCUGCCUCAGUCCUUACGCUCUGUAGCGGAUUAUGAUGUGCGGCUAACGUUUUUCUACUGAUUAGAAUAUUUGUCAGUUAAGCAUUG